AUGAGGAUUGCGGGUGUUCUUACCCUUGAGGUCGGGCUAUGUUGGCUUUUUCGAGCCAUUCAGCUCACCGAAUUCUACGUGAAAUUUGCAGCGGAGUGGUAUUCAACCAUCGCUGAGAUUCCGGAAGGUUGGGUGGGACUUCCUUUGCGUGUUUCUGAGAAAGAUGGGACCGCGGUGGACGAGGUUCGUGACACUGCUAUAACCUGGCCCUGGGAUGUGCUGAACUGGCUACAUCGUAACGACAAGCUUUUUCAGUGGGCAUCUAACGAUCCCAACCCUGACAAGGUCCAGGCAAUGAACACCGAAUAUUGGACUCGGCUGGGUAAUGAAGAAUCCGUCAAGCUUCUAGACCUCAAGGACCCUGCGACGACAUUUCCAAUUUUUUGGCACGCCGAUGGUGUGCGAGUCUACAAACAUCAGAAGUGCUGGGUAUACUCGUAUUCCUGCGCAUUGAAGAAAGGCCCUUCCUUGUCCUCCAAGCUCCUGCUUUUGCUUGUGCGAGAAACACUUCUAGUGAAACCGCGGACACACGACCGGAUCGGGGAGGUGGUGGGCUGGAUACAACGUGUUCUUCAGAGUGGGAAAUAUCCGGACAAAGACAUAAACGGCCAGUCCUGGCCAAUCGGUUCUCGAGAAGAAGGGCUUGCCAACCUUGAGUUUGCUGGGGGUUACAAGUUUGCCUUCAGCGCUUUCAAAGGAGACUGGGAAGCACGUGUGUUGAUACACAAAUUGCAGCGGAGCUAUAACCACACCAACAUUUGUGAACAUUGCCCUGCAUGCAAGUCAAACAACGCCUUCAACUAUCGCAAUUUCUCGCCCGAUGCAGCUUAUUUGGAUGUCAGUUUCACGCACGCGCAGUACCUUCUCAUGACCCCGCCGGAGUUCCAUUCGAGCUGGUUGAACGUUCCCGGCUGGACGAAGGACAGAAACCUGGAGGAGCCGCUGAGGCUACAAGACUUGGGCCACGAGCUGGAAAACCGUGUUUGGAAACACUACAAAGCCUGGUGCCGCAAGACCAAGGUGGCUGGUUGCGGUCACCGUUUCAACUUGACGCGGUUUGGGCGCGAGCAAUGGGGAUAUUAUCCGGAAUUGCAUUCAUGCUACAAAGCUUAUACCGUGAAGAUGCUGAUAUACUGGGUGUAUGCUUUCUUUUGCGAUGAAGACCAAAAUGUACCCAACAGUGGGAACCGACUGAGGUUGUCCUAUGCACUGGCAAAGACGCAAUGGUUCUUCGAUCGAAGUGGUCCGUUUUUGAACAGACAGGUGAAGGAUGAGGCCGUGCACUUGGGAAUUGCUUUUCUUCUGUUGUACCAAAGCAUGGCCGUGGGAAAUAUUCCGCAACAUAAAAAAAACUGGAAAAUCGUUCCAAAGUUCCACAGCUUCCUUCACCUGCUGCAGUACGUCAAGCGAACUUCCCGAAACCCGAGGCUCGCUGGGAUAGCAAAUGGGGUUAAGGCUUCAGAUUUUCACAUAUUUUCGAAUGGGUUUUCCCGAAAGGCCCGAAAGUCUUGGGCCCGGGGGGUUGUUUUGAACAUAACGUAG